AUGGCGCCAUUGUCCCUUGACACAUCCGUUGGUGCUCUGGAAAUCGGAAUUCUCAUUUCCACAGUACUAUUCGGUGUUAUGACCACGCAAACAUACGUUUAUUUGGCUUCUGAUCAUUUCAAGCGCGACAAGGCGUACAUCAAGAUACUAGUCGGCUUUGUGUGGCUUGUGGAAGCUCUGCACACAGCUUUGAGCUGGUCCUACCUCUACGGUGCCACGAUCACACGGUUCGGCAAAGUUCUCGAGCUGUUGAUCGUCCCAUGGGACCUGGCUUCAUGCGUCUUACUGUCCGGCGUCGUUGGAUGUGCCGUGCAAUUGUUCUUUGCAUGGCGCAUAUAUGUCGUGUCCUCAAGGAUUAUCUUUGCUAUUCCUGGUUGGACUUGCUCGGUUUUCCGCCUCGCCCUUGCCGUCGCACUCGCAGCCACAUCACUUAAAGCUAGACUUCUCCCCGUUUUUGUUCAGCAGUACCGGUGGCUCACGAACCUAGCAAUUGCCAACACCAUGGCGCUCGACGCCUACAACGCGAUGUCCCUCAUUCUCCUCUUGAGACGUAGACGGAGCAGGUUCCGCAAUACGAGGCUUGUCCUUGACAAGCUCACUCUGUGGACUGUCGAGACAGGGGCGGUUACGAGCAUCGCAUCGAUACUCAUGCUUGCCUGCAUCGUUUCAAUGCCCAACAACGCAAUCUGGCUGGGCAUCCUGCUUUUCUAUGCGAAGCUUUACUCGAACAGUCUGCUUGUCUUGUGA